AUGACAGCAUCAGAGAGAUUACCAGCUCUCAUGUCCAUCAUCGACCUUCGGGGCUCUGCCACCGGGUCUGGACUGUGUGCCCAUCCCCGGAACAGGAAACGAAGAUGGCAUUCGAAAGUAAUGACCGGCUGUCUUCGAUGUAAACAGCGGCGCAUAAAAUGCACGGAAGAGCGGCCAGACUGUGCUCGAUGCAGCAAACUGGGUCUCCCAUGUCCAGGUUACAAGGUCCCUGUGGCACGCAUCUUCGAAUACCAACCACGGUCGGCUCUCCAGUUCGAUUCCGAGUUGGACAAAAGAAGGUACGAAUACUUUGUCGAAGUCGGAAGUACGAUCCUGGCGACAUUCCAGUUGAACUCGAUGCCCUUCUGGACACGGCUAGCACCACAGCUAGGCCUCCGCCAUGCUGCUGUUCGACACGGCCUGACUGCGUUGGGCGCCCUCCAGGCCCCGUUCCACAACAUCACGUUGGCCGAAACGCAGGCACAAGGGCGUCCCGAGAUCUCUGCGCUCGCCAUGUCGCAUACGCACAAGGCAAUGCACAUGGUUCGCACUGCUGACCCUGUCACAUUGCCGAUUGAAGUGUCCUUGACCUGUUGCUUGUUGUUUCUGGCCAUGCAGUUCUGGAUUGAGAAGACCUCGUCAGCCACCAUGCACAUCAUGGCGGCAUAUCGUAUCCUGCAAGAGAAGUUUGGCACCGACUCAUCUUUAUGGGCUAAAAGCCGAGGCAUGCCCAGUGAUUUUGCCGCAACUUUUAUUCCCUCACUGAACGAGCUCAUCAACCAUGCCUGCGCUUUUUCCGACGACUUUCCCCCGUCCGGAUCUGGCAUUCCAGAAGACUAUCAUCUUGACUAUGAUGUGAGGCAGAUAUGCAGCAUUUCAGAUGCGAAUGGCGCUCUUGAUGCCAUCGAUCGGCUUCUCAAAUGCGUUUUGAGGGCAGCCUCGACGUCCGGCAUUCCACAAUCACUCGAAAAGACGAUUGCUUCGGCGUUUGACUGUCUGGAUCGCAAAAUACAGGGACUGCACGAUACCAAUGUCCUGCCAGGAGAUGGAUUUGACUAUACCCACCACUGUCUUCACAUCCGAGUGGCCAACGUUAUGUUUUUGACAAUUGGGCGGCCCGAUGAGGCCGGUUUUGACGCAUUCCAUACCGAUUUCAGUCUCAUCGUCGGCUGCUGCAGGAGAAUGAUCAAUCUGAAUGCAGCCGAUCCCCGAAGGAAGCAGAGCGUGCUGAGUCCAAGUCUCGGGGUCCUAUCUCCUUUGUUUUUUGUGGCGACGCGCUGUCGAGAACCGAGGUUGCGCCGCGAAGCACUCGCCCUGUUGCACGAAGCAGGUGUGAGUGAGAGGGGCUGGACAAGUUGCAUGGCCUUUGCACUUGCCAGUUUCGUGGUUCAGGAGGAAGAGACUGUCCUCAAUGAUCUUCCGGUUGAAGAUGAGUCCGCGGAUCGUAUCCGUCGCCGGAUCAGAUUACAAGAUAUUCACGUCUGCAAUCAAUCGCGCAAGGCAAACAUCACAUACUUGGUAUUCGAACAGGGCUGCCAAGACACAGGGCUCUUAUCCCCUGCCAUGUCUACUCCAGAGUCCGGCUUAAAAGGUAUUGUUCAAUGCAAGGCAAGCAUACCUUACCCGUCACACCCAUCCGUCGAGAUUGAUGGUGUGACCUGUCAGAUGCCUCGGAAAGUGCUUCGGGCAUGUGGCUACUCGAGCAUCACGCUCUUCAGACAACGGUUGAAAUGCCAUUGCUAGUGCGGAGAACCAUUGAAUAUGGGUACAGAAGGACAGGUUGCGGCGUGAAGUUCCCUGUUAUGCUGCGCGGCCUCGAGCUGAAUGCGUAGGUAUGUCUGCGAGGGUAGGGGAAGUGGGUAGUGUUCAC